UUUGAAAUGAGUAAAUUUGGGAGCUUUUUCAUAUUUUCAUAAUUUGAGUGCAUUUUCACACGUGUAUGAAAAUGCAACCAUGACAAAAGUGAAAAUGAGUUGUAUUGAAUUGAGACGUGGGAAAGCAGCUCAGCUCAAAUUCUAUGUAAUUUCACAUCUCACAUCUGGUCUCUAUUUAUUUACAAACUUUUACACAUUUUGCUAAAAUUUUAAUUAUUAAUUGUUCACAAAUUAUUUUUCGUCUAAAUAAUCCACGUUUUCCACGUUAAAGUCUUUAAGUUUAAAUUGUUUGGGAUCAGAUUUUUCGUCAAUUCCUUCAUAAAAUAAAGGGUCAUGAACUACCGGGGUCGGGGUGGUUUUCGGCCCCCUUUUCACGGUCCCGGACCUCGAGGACCUGGACCCCCACCACGUUUUAUGGGGGGACCACGACCCCUUUUCCGUGACGGUCCGCCCUUCUUUGACGGACCACCGCGACCACGACCCCCCAUGUUCCACCCUCGUCACGACGACUUCGACGGCCCAGGAGAUUAUGACGAUUUUCACAGAAACGGUCCAUCACCCCCUCAUCAUCAUUUCAAUGGGCCUGGAACUGAAGGAGAUUUUGACGAAUUUCCACCAUAUUUUGAAGAAGAAAUGUGCAAUUCUUUUAACCCCGACGUGGUCAUGAGGGAUCCGUACGGGGGGGAUUUUCCUCCUCCGCCACCCCGUCGUCGUCUUCCUCCCCCGCGAUCACAGGCUAGGAGGGAGGACCGCGUUUUGAGAAAUCCACAUCCGCACACCAAAAUACCAGAGCCACCACCAAAGCAACCCCCAAAAGUCAACAAGGUCCAGCCCCUGAUGGAUAUUGUAAUGACACCCCCGGUGGGAAUAUCGACGCCUGUACGAGACAGUGUGAAACUAGAACGGCACGUUUCUUCCCCCGUGGCAAGAGUGGGGCCGACGGUAGAGGUCAAAAGUACGUCACAAAUAAGGUCAAUAAUACAGCCGGCGAAAUUAGCGACACCGACGCCACCGGUGGUGUCGCCUAUAAAAUUUGCGACACCCGUCGUGGCGCCACCAAGAUUUGCGACACCCGUCAUUGCGCCACCAAGAUUGGCGACACCCGUCGUGGCGCCACCAAGAUUGGCGACACCCUCGAUACCCGUGCCACCACCGACGAAAUUAAAUACACCACCACCACCAAAGCCAACAACGUCGUCACAGUCCUCCACAAUAAAUUCAGCAAUGUCGGCGGCAGCGGUGCCAAAGCUGACACUCCCUAAAAAAGAUGAGCAUCAUCCCAUUGCUGAAAAAGCGAAGGAGUCAAAACCACCCCCCGUUGUGAGCGGAAAGAUCACACAAAUCCACAACUCGUCCGGCGUCGUCGACUAUAAAAUAUUUUUUGACGCGAGCACGAUGGUUGGCCCGAUGCCGUCGGUGGGUGCGUCCGUCGUGGUCGAGGUGGAACGCGUGACUGGGAUGCCGUUCAAAUUGAUUGGGCGUCGCGUCCAAAUCCUGUCCACGAUUGAGCAAGUGCUCGAAAGUGGGGAUGAGGAGGAGGUCGUCCCCCCGACAAAUGACGCCGCGUUGGAAGAGGAGUACACCAAGUUCUUAAAAGACUCAAACCUCACCACCACCACGAAUGCAACUGAUGGCCCUGUGAUCUCUCCAACUCUUGCCGCAACCACUCCCGCCGGCGGAAUCGCUAAGACGCCCGUGGAUGAAGCGGAGAUCGAGCGCCUCGCCGUGUUCCGCUCGCAUCUCGCCCUUCAGCACAGGACGCUUCAAUUCAAUCUGGAAAACGCGGACCGACUAAAACGCGGCCUCCCCCCGCUUCCCAAACCAAAGGAAAAGAAGCCGAAAAGACUGGAACGCGAUAUUGUUCGGACACUCGAGCAUAAUAAGGCGUCAUUAUUGAACUCUUUAAAAGUCAAUAAACCCCAAUAAAAUAGAUAUAAAUAAGUAUCAUACAUAUGUACAUCAUGUAUGAUACAUAUAAGUAUUAGAUUGUUUAAGGAUAUGCAAAUCUGUAGCAAAAUUUGUCUUUUAACUCAUUCAUACCGAUGAUGUGGUCAGUUUUAUAAAUAAAUUGCAAAGUAACGAUGUAGAUAUCCCGAAAUAUAUUGAACAGGUUUUAUUUUUUACAUGAAUACAUAAAGGGUGUUAAUAAAGUCCGAUCCCAUGCA